CCUGGCAGAGGAGUCCGCGGGGGUGGCGGCGGCAGCGGCAGAGGCGGCGGCGGCGCUGUUCCCCGCGCGGUCCGUGGACCGGGGUCCGAGCUGUGCGACGUCGGGCGGAGGCGGCAUUGCGGCCCCGGCCCGAGCCCGAUCUCGGGUCGCCUCCCCGGCCGCCCCCCGGGCCCUGCGUCCCCUCCCCCGCUGGCGGGGCCCGGACAGAAGAUGGUGCAGAAGAAAACAGCCGAACUUCAGGGCUUCCACCGUUCGUUCAAGGGGCAGAAUCCUUUCGAGCUGGCCUUCUCCCUAGACCCGGCCCACCACGGCGAAGCAGACUUCAGCCGGCAGUGCGAGGCCCGCCCUGACAUGCCUGCUAGCCAGCCUAUCGACAUCCCAGAUGCAAAGAAGAGAGGCCGGAAGAAGAAGCGAUGUCGGGCCACUGACAGCUUCUCAGGCAGGUUCGAAGAUGUCUACCAGCUACAGGAGGAUGUGCUUGGGGAAGGAGCCCAUGCCCGCGUGCAGACCUGUGUCAACCUCAUCACCAACCAUGAGUAUGCUGUCAAGAUCAUUGAGAAGCAGCCAGGCCACAUCCGCAGCAGGGUUUUCCGGGAGGUGGAGAUGCUGUACCAGUGCCAGGGACACAGGAAUGUUCUAGAACUGAUUGAAUUCUUCGAGGAGGAGGACCGUUUCUACCUGGUGUUUGAGAAGAUGCGUGGUGGCUCCAUCCUUAGCCACAUCCACAAGCGGAGGCAUUUUAAUGAGCUGGAGGCCAGCGUGGUGGUGCAGGAUGUGGCCAGUGCCUUGGACUUCCUGCACAAUAAAGGCAUUGCCCAUAGGGACCUAAAGCCGGAGAACAUCCUCUGUGAACACCCUAACCAGGUGUCCCCAGUGAAGAUCUGUGACUUCGACUUGGGCAGCGGCAUCAAGCUCAAUGGAGACUGCUCCCCCAUCUCCACCCCAGAGCUGCUCACACCGUGCGGCUCGGCGGAGUACAUGGCUCCAGAGGUGGUGGAGGCCUUCAGUGAGGAAGCCAGCAUCUAUGACAAACGCUGCGACCUGUGGAGCCUGGGGGUCAUUCUCUACAUCCUGCUCAGUGGCUAUCCACCCUUUGUGGGCCACUGUGGCAGUGACUGCGGCUGGGACAGAGGGGAGGCCUGCCCUGCCUGCCAGAAUAUGCUGUUUGAGAGCAUCCAGGAAGGCAAGUAUGAAUUCCCUGACAAGGACUGGGCUCACAUCUCCUUUGCUGCCAAAGACCUCAUCUCCAAGCUGCUCGUCCGUGAUGCCAAGCAGAGGCUGAGUGCUGCCCAAGUCCUGCAGCACCCUUGGGUGCAAGGGUGUGCCCCCGAGAACACCUUGCCCACACCCAUGGUCCUACAGAGGAACAGCUGUGCCAAAGACCUCACGUCCUUUGCGGCCGAGGCCAUCGCCAUGAACCGGCAGCUGGCCCAACGUGAGGAAGAUGCGGCCGAGGAGGCCCAGGGCCAAGGCCAGCCCGUUGUCAUCCGUGCUACCUCACGCUGCCUGCAGCUGUCCCCGCCCUCUGAGUCCAAGCUGGCCCAGCGGCGGCAGAGAGCCAGCCUGUCUGCUGCCCCUGUAGUCCUUGUGGGGGACCAUGCGUGACCCCCUUCCCUGGCCCCCCUGUACAUAGGUCGUUCCCCCCCCCCCCGUCAGCUCUACGGUUGUUAAGCUGUGGUGGCGGGGAUCAGGGGCUUUCCUCCCCCACCCCCCCACCCCCCGGCUGCAUUUCCAAGCACUGAAGUCAGCUAGGGGGCAAGGGUUGGGGAUUUUUUUGUUGUUGUUGUUGUUUUAACAGGUUUUUGCUGUUGGGUUUUUUUUUUUCCCCUUUUUCCCCCAUCCUUCUUCCAACUUCUUUGUUUUUGUGGGUUUUUCCCCCCUUUUCAUGGUGUUUAAAGCAAAGCAAGUGCCCAGAAGGAGCGCAGAGGGCGCGUGGAGGGCGUGCGGCUGGGUGAGUGCCUGCUUCGCCCCGAGAUGCUCGCCUCUACUGUGAAGGUCUCUGUGCUCCACCCAGCCAUUGGCACCCUGCCUGGUGUCUGCCCCUUCCGCUUCCAGCCACUUUGCUGUCUUCCAAUGUGGGUGGGGGGUGCACAGCGUCACCCUUCCCACCCCCGCCCUCCCCAGCCCUCAGUAUUUUCAGGGACAGUCUCUCCUCCUAGUGACAGAACAGUAGCCUCUUUCUCAGGGGCUUGUCUCUGGAAGGAGGGCCUGGCAGGCAGGGUGGAUAAUAGCCCACCCACUGGACUCCCCAGGCCCUGGGCCCCGGGCCGGCCCACUUUCUCUUUCCUGGUGAGAAGAUGACAAUCGAGGCUUUCUUCCGGGCCUGUCUGAGCAGUGAGCAGACCCCCUGCCUGCUGGACUUGGCCUGGCUGGACCUUAACCUGCAAUCGACAUAGGACAUGCUGCCCCCACCUACCUACCCCACUUCCCAGGAGCUGACACUGGAGCAGGGGGUUGCCAUAGGAGCCUUGUCCCGGGCUGGUUCCCAGAUUGGCGAGCCACUGGGCAGGUGCCCCGCCCGACAGUGUGGGGUCCCAGAGUAUUUCCCCACCCCAGGGCACCCACGUGUCCCUUCUCAGGGCUCAGCUUGACCAUAGUCGCACCCUGAGUCUGUUGGUUCCCUCCUCUUGAGAGCUGGGGCCAGACCCAGAGGUUUCUAGACUUUUUCCUGCUCCUACCCCGAAGGGCAGCAAUAUUGGGUGUUCCCACCUUCAGGAAAAGGGCUGCCACUGCCUCAGCUACCCUUGGGACUCCCAGGAAAGGCUGGGGUGGUCUACUGGGGGACUUCCUUGCUACCCCUCCCCCAGUCCCCACCAAGGCUUGGGGACACCACCUCCUGGGCCUGGCCGUGAACUACUAUGCAAUACAAUUCCCAUUUUCUAUGUGUAUGCGGCCCUGCUGGUCGGGGACAGCCCACCCCGCGCACCCCAGCCCCAGGUCUGCUCAGGUGUUUUCCAGGGCAGGGAUUGCAGCCCCCCCCUCCCCGCCGGCCUCAAGCUGGUGAGGAUUUGUCUCAUUUAAUGUUUGGGUUUUUUUUUUUUUUUUUUUUUUUUUUUUUUUUGCGCUUCCCUUCCCUGUUCUUAAAAGAAUACUUGAAUGUUGGAGGGGGUCUUGUGGGUGGGGGGCUCAGACAAGGUCUGUCCAGCCAUCUCCACCCUCCCCUCAGUCUUGUAGGAUUGUCACAGUCUGGUGGCCCGGUGAUCCCUGCACGGGCCUCCUGUCCUCCUGUGUGUGCUGGCCUUUCCAAAGACCCCCAGGGAGGCUGGAGCUGCUUCGCCACACCCCACCUCCCCCCACUCCACCCCGCCCGUCAGUGAUUCUGAGUUUUGCACCUCAAGAUUUCUCUGCAUUUUUGUAUAAAAGAACAAAUGAACCUUUUCUUGCUGCCGGUGCCCGUGGCCACCUUCCUCCAAAAGGCUGGACAAGGAACAGCUUUGGGUUUUCUUUUUUUCCCCAGAGGUGGGUUUUUUUUUGUUUUUUUGUUUUUUUUUUUUCUUUUUCUUUGCUUCUACCUAUCACCUCCACAUUUUGACCUGGGGACUGCUUAGAGCCUUUACUGUGAAUGACCGGGCGAUGCACGGGAAGGGACCGGCCAAUAACAAAGUGGUUAAAAAGCCACAUAUACAAAUACAAAAAAAAAAAACAAAAGCUUUUU